GAGAACGUCGUGACGGCGCUACCUUGGAAACACUCCUCAGAGUUGAAGUGCAAGUGUGUCAGGAGAAGGAGGGAGGAGGGAAAGGAGCGAGGAGGGGAAGGAGGGAGGUGAGGAAGGAGUGAUAGCCUUGGGACUGAUAAGCUCCAGGGAAGUGGAAGAGGGAGGGUUACAAGAGAGGGAGUGGAAAGGAGAGGUGGGCAGCUCUCUCUUUCUCUUUCAGUCAGACUGGCCGGCUGCUGGUCUCCUCGUCUCCUCGUCUCCGUGUCUCCUGUCCUGUCGGGUUGUCUCUUUGCCGGCGGCUCGCUGGAGGAGUUUAGCUGGGUUUUUUUGGCUGGAUUUGAACAUGAACUGAAUCGCUCCAGGCAGCGAGACAUGAGGAGGGUCACCGGAGAUUCACUGAGUGCCAUUCGCUCCGUCCUUCUGAAGACAUUUGUUGCAUGAAACCGGAUCGCUGAUCCAUCUUUGGUUCAUCCACUCCUCCUCCUUCAUCUCCCCCAGAACUCUCCAGUUAGGAUCUCUACCUUCAGCUCCACCGCAUUUAUGAGGUAACGUCGAGCUCUGCGCUGCGCAGCACCCACCUGCACAACCCCCCCCCCCCCCCCCCCCGCCCCCCAUCCCCUCCUCCCGUCGACCCUUCCAUCGGCGCCAUGGGACAGAAGAUCUCCGGCGGCAUCAAGUCGGUGGAUGACCGCGGGGAAAGCGGCGGCUCCCCGUCCUACCGACCUUUGGCCCAGCGCCGGCAGCACCCAGAACUGAGGGGCCCUGAUUUCGUCAAACCUCCCCGGUUGGACCUCCUGCUCGACAUGCCGUGUGCCGGACCGGAGACCCAGCUGCGCCACGCGUGGAACCCCGACGACCGGUCGCUCAACAUCUUCAUAAAAGACGACGAUAAGCUGACGUUUCACCGCCACCCGGUUGCUCAGAGCACGGACUGCAUCCGGGGACGGGUCGGGUACACCAGGGGCCUCCACGUGUGGAGGAUCCACUGGCCCUGCAGGCAGCGGGGCACGCACGCCGUCGUCGGGGUGGCGACCUCGCAAGCUGCUCUACAUUCUGUUGGCUACACGGCGCUGGUGGGGUCGGACUGCGAAUCCUGGGGCUGGGAUUUGGGACGCUAUCGGCUCUACCACAACAGUAAGAACAGGGCCCACAGUUCGCUGCCCUCCUACCCGUGUUUCCUGGAGCCGCAGGAGUCGCUAAUCCUGCCGGACUCUCUGCUGGUCGUUCUGGACAUGGACGAGGGGACGCUGAGCUUCAUGGUGAAUGAGCGGUAUCUAGGCGUGGCUUUCAGAGGACUGAAGGGCAAGAAGCUGCAUCCUGUCGUCAGCGCGGUGUGGGGGCAUUGUGAGGUCGCCAUGGAAUACAUCAACGGCUUGGAUCCCGAGCCUCUGCCUCUGAUGGAUCUGUGUCGGCGUGCAGCCCGUCUGGCUUUGGGUCGGGAGCGGCUUAAGGAGAUCCGGGGCCUCCCUCUGCCCCAGUCCCUGAAAGAUUACCUCCAAUACAAGUGACUGACACCAGCAGAGAGGACACAAACCAGUCACCAGGAAGUCUGAAUGGAUGAUGGAUGAAUAAGAUGUAUAAAUGUAAGCAGGGAAAUAGAGGAUUGUGGACGGAGGCAUGUCCACGUGGAGAGCGACACAGCUCUGCAAAAGAUGGAUUUAAAAAAGUAAGAAGAGUGAAGAACUGACGAAGGAGGUCCAGGCUUUCAAACAAAGACAGCACCAGAUUAUUUUGGAUUUUGCGCUGCUUUUACUUUUGUUUUUUUUGACUUGAAAUAAAUUAUUGAUGAUGAUAUCCCAUCAGUAUCUCACUCAUCCAGGAGGGAAACCUGUUAGAUACGGCGCAGAGGUGUCAGAGUCCCAGUGGCCGCUGCCACCUAGUGGUGAGAAUGAAGACUGCGCUGAGGAAGCACAUUAAUCCUUCGCCCGGAGGCCUUUCUGACAUUCAGCGUAUCAUUGCCAUGUGGCACCAUAGCCUGUAUUCAUGGCCUCCACUGGAACAGGUGAGAGCCUGCAGAGCCCAGACGAAUGAAAGAGGAUUUAGCACUAACUGAUUGACUCCGGGCCCGACCAUAAGCCUACAUCUCAUACAGAGUAUAUCAAAGUCAUGGCUGCGAGGUGUGUGCAAAGUUUAGUAAAAGGAAUUGAGCAUAGUGAACUUAUCUCCUGGCUUUAUGCAAACAUGUGAUGAGUGUUAAGCCCUUUUCAGACAUGGAAUUAUUAAAGUCUAAUAGUUAAAGUGAUAGCUUUGAAGUCUUUUAUGGAAAUAUUCAUAAUGGGAAUAUUUAGCAGCUGCUGCAUGAGAAGGCGUAGUGGAAUUUAGAAAAAAUAAUGAAAUGAAGGAAUUCUAUUGCAUCAGUGAUGGAUUUUACAAAACAGCGGUUUUAGUUUUAAAUACUUAUACUUAUAAUAUUUACCUCAUAUUGCUGCCUUAUAUACCAGAAUUCCAAACUACAAAAUGUUUUUUGUAGUUGUAAUAUUUAUUUUCAUAGCAUAAAUAUUGCAAAAUGAAGGAUGGUUUAAUGAGUAUUUUUAAUAAUAAUCAGAAAUCAGAAAUCCCUUUUAUGAUCUGACAUCUAGGUAUUUGAGCAGAUUCUAUUGAAAAUAAACCAAACAAGCCUCCAACUAAAACCCAAUUCCCAUUUAAAUAUCGCUGAAUGAUGGAUGAUACGUGAAUGGCAUCUUUUUAAAUGAGAUCAGGAAAUAAACCAUCUCUAAUAUCAAAACAUUUCUAACUUCCAACUGAAGAUAAUGCCGUUGUAGACCUUCGAUCAUACUAGAAGCUGAGUGAGAAAACACAUUUAAGAACUUUUAAUUUGGGAACAAUACAUGCAUCUAAUGUUUUUAUCUGCAUAAAUUGGGCUUCUGUUGCCUCUAUGAUGAAUAUGUACCCGAUUUAAACCUGCGGGGGAAAGGAAAUGUUUUGGAAAUAUUAGCAUGACCACUGUAUUAAGAUUGCAGAAGCUACAUGUCUGAAAAGGGCUUUAAUACAACCGUAAAACAACUGCUUGGUGUUUAAAGUGUUGAGAAGCACUGAGAACCAUGACUCACAGGACACUUGCGUUACGAUGUGUUACGAUGUCAAUCACAACCAAAGUAUUUCAUACUACGAGCCUUGGAGUGUGUGGACGCGUCAGUAGGAGCUGCAGGUCGUGGCCCAUCGCAGAGUAGCUUGUGCUUUCAUGCUGUUUGUAGCAGCCUGCUGUAGCUCACUGGUGCCCACAACUGUCUUAAUGACCAUAAACAAACAAACAAACAGGACCACAGCAGAUGUAGGCUCACUGGAUCUUAGGUGGGAAAGACGUGGGAGGAGGAGGAGGAGCGUUACUACUAGAGCAGAUUCCUGCUCACAAUAGGAUGCAGUUGACCAAUGCACACACACACACACACACACACACACACACGCACGCACGCACGCACGCACGCACACACACUCUAGACCAAUUGUGUUUUCUUUCCUAAAAAAGUCACUUUUUUUAAUCGUCUUCAGUUUAUAUUCAACUUUAUUGUUAUUAUUGUGAGUGUGGAGUUUGAUUCUGUUGAUGGCGGAAUGAUGAUUAUUAUUUAUCACAAGAUAUCUAUGUUUGUCUUAUUGAUGGUUACAUUCAGGUAAUUUAAUACAAAUAUGCUGGUGAUGAAAAGAGGGAGAAAUCAUUGUUUCUUUGAUGCUGCUUUUGUUAUUAUUAUUAUUAUUACUAUUUGUGAGGAUGGGUUCUGAACUCUUGCUUUUAUCAGGUAGGAUGGAGAGAAAAGGAUAAUUCAUAAAAGUAGUGGAAUGUAUGAAGGGACGGUGCAGGUGAGACGUCAACAGACAUGAAAUGUGAAUAAAAGCCAAGUGAAUUUGAAAACUUUUGUAGUAUGUUCCUUGUUUCUUUCAGGAAAUACGAAUGCCAGGCUUGUAAACAAAACCCGAGGGAGGCGCA